AUGAGAAUAAUUUUAUCGUUUCUGACACUUUUGAUUGUAAAUGCAUAGAAUUAAUAUUGCAAUGUACAUAAUAAAGGAAUCAAUUCAGGAUUAGCUAAUUAGCUUGCUCACUCACUUAAUUAAAUUAGAAAUCAAGUUGCAACUGGUUAAAUUAGUUUUGAAGGAUCUUAAUCAGCAUCAAAUAUGAAUGUUUUACAUUGGAGUAAUGGUUAUGCAAAAAUGGCUUAAACAUGUGUUGAAAAAUGUCCACUUAAAGCUUCUACUUGUGGUUAAGUAUUAUUAUAUUUCAUAUAUAGUUUUAAAAUUAUGGAGUACUCUAUUUUAAAAGACACUUAAAUUAAUAAAUGAGAACUAAUUAAGUUAUGGAAAAAUGGUUCAAAGAUACUGAAAAUGCUAAAUAAUUACUCACAGCUAGAGCAAGUGCUUUUGGUUGUGGAAAGGCUGAAGAUAAUGCUUCAGAAUAUAUAGUUUGUUAUUUUGAUGAAGUAAAAUAAAUUAAUUUUAAAUCUUUCUAGAAAUAUACUGGUGCUAAAUAAGCAUUUUUGACAGGACCUGUAGGAGCAAGUUGUAAAUUAGGUCGUUCAAAAAUGUAUAGUGGUCUUUGUGCAACAGCUUCUUCAUAAACUUUAAUUCAUUAAUCAUCAAAUAUUAAGAAUAAAAAAUAAAAAAAAUAAAAGAAACAAAAAUCACAUAAAAAAAAUAAGAAAAAUAUUGAAAGAGAAGUUGCACUUAUUGCUAUGACAGAUUUUAAUCAAUUUGUAUGA